AGCUCAGAAGAGCAGCAAAUCUCACAGAACCCAUACAGCUGCCUCGGCCCGCUUCAGUCUCCUCCUAGUUCGCAGUAACAGCAGCUGAGAAACAGAUUUGCUUCCAGCUCUUUUUUUGGGUUGUCCAUCUUGAAACCUAUCGAACUCGUUUUCCUCAGCGCUGGGCGUCCCGUGGAGCCGUGCAGACUCAUGCAUGAUGGCAACAUGGCACAAGACGGAGAAGAAGAGUGGUGUGGCAAUAUACAAUUUCAAAGGCACGGGAAUACAACAGCUACCUCUGCAAAUUGGUGAUGUGGUCCAUAUCUUGGAGUCCUGUGAAGAUUGGUACAAGGGAUAUUUAGUAAGACAUAAAGGAUCAGAGGGAAUAUUUCCUAAAUCUUUUAUUUGCAUCAAGGAAGUUACUGUUGAAAAGAAAAGACACACAGAAAAUGUAAUACCUGCUGAAAUUCCCUUAGUUCAAGAAGUUACCACUACACUCUGGGAAUGGGGAAGCAUCUGGAAACAGCUCUAUGUGACAAAUAAGAAAGAGAGGUUCCAGCAGGUACAGUCUAUGAUGUAUGACUUGAUGGAGUGGAGGUCGCAGCUUCUGUCCGGGACUCUGCCAAAAGAUGAGCUUAAAGAACUCAAACAGAAAGUCACUUCCAAAAUUGACUAUGGUAACAAGAUACUUGAGCUAGAUCUGAUAGUUAGAGACGAAGAUGGAAAUAUCCUGGAUCCAGAUAAAACCAGUGUCAUCAGCCUAUUUCAUGCACAUGAAGAAGCAACUAACAAAAUCACUGAGCGAAUUAAAGAGGAAAUGUCAAAGGAUCAACCAGAUUAUGCAUCAUACUCCCGAAUGUCUUCAUCCCCCACUCAUAGUCUAUAUGUCUUUGUGCGGAAUUUUGUUUGCCGAAUUGGAGAGGAUGCAGAGCUCUUUAUGUCACUGUAUGAUCCACAGAAAUCAACAAUUAUAAGUGAGAACUACUUGGUGAGAUGGGGGAGUAAAGGCUUUCCAAAGGAAAUUGAUAUGCUCAACAAUCUGAAAGUAGUGUUUACAGAUCUCGGAAAUAAAGACCUUAGCAGAGAUAAAGUUUAUUUGGUUUGUCAAAUAGUCCGAGUUGGAAGGAUGGAUCUUAAAGAUAGUAACUCAAAGAAAUACACACAAGGACUAAGGAGGCCUUUUGGAGUGGCAGUCAUGGAUAUUACAGAUAUCAUAAAAGGAAAAGCGGAAAGUGAUGAAGAAAAGCAACAUUUCAUACCUUUUCAUCCGGUCGUGGCAGAGAGUGACUUUCUGCACAGUCUCCUAAGCAAAAUCACAGCAUCAAAAGGAGAUAGUGGAGGACAAGGUCUCUGGGUAACUGUGAAAAUGCUUGUUGGAGAUGUGAUUCAAACAAGGAAGGACUAUCCGCAUCUUGUAGACAGAACAACAGUUGUUGCUAGAAAGCUAGGAUUUCCCGAAAUAAUCAUGCCAGGAGACAUAAGAAAUGACAUUUAUAUUACACUGCUGUAUGGAGAUUUUGAUAAAUACAAUAAAACAACUCAGAGAAGUGUGGAAGUAAUAAUGUGUGUUUGUGAUGAAGAAGGGAAAACCAUACCAAACGCUGUUUGCCUGGGAGCAGGGGACAAACCCGUGAGUGAAUAUCGAUCGGUUCUCUACUACCAGGUCAAACAGCCGCGCUGGAUGGAGACCUUAAAGGUAGCAGUUCCUAUUGAAGACAUGCAAAGGGUGCAUCUGCGCUUCACCUUCAGACACAGGUCAUCUCAAGAGUCUAAAGAUAAAGGAGAAAAGAAUUUUGCAAUGGCCUACAUAAGGCUAAUGAAGGAGGAUGGAACAACUCUUCAAGAUGGCAUCCAUGAUUUGUUAGUCCUAAAGGGUGACAGUAAAAAAAUGGAGGAUGCUAGUGCAUAUUUGACAUUGCCUUCUACACGUCUACAUAUAGAAAAUAAAGCAGCAACCCUAGGCAGAAACUCAAGUAUUGUAGGUGGGCUCUCAGUAAGCUCACGUGAUGCGUUUUAUAUUUCAACUCUUGUUUGUUCUACAAAGUUAACUCAGAAUGUGGGCUUACUAGGUCUGUUGAAGUGGCGCAUGAAGCCAGAGCUGCUACAGGAGAACCUGGAAAAACUGAAGAUUGUGGAUGGAGAGGAAGUUGUGAAAUUUCUCCAGGAUACUCUGGAUGCCUUGUUUAACAUCAUGAUGGAACAUUCCCACAGUAAUGAGUAUGAUAUCCUUGUCUUUGAUGCACUGAUAUAUAUCAUAGGACUCAUUGCAGACCGCAAGUUUCAACAUUUUAACACUGUUUUGGAAGCAUAUAUCCAACAGCAUUUUAGUGCAACCUUGGCAUACAAGAAACUAAUGAGUGUUCUGAAGACUUACUUGGAUAUUUCUAGCCGAGGAGAGCAAUGUGAACCUAUCUUAAGAACUCUGAAGGCACUAGAAUAUGUUUUCAAGUUCAUUGUUAGAUCCAGGACAUUAUUUUCACAAUUAUAUGAAGGCAAAGAACAAACAGAAUUUGAAGAAUCUAUGAGGAGACUGUUUGAAUCCAUCAACAACCUGAUGAAAAGCCAACAUAAAACUACCAUUUUGUUGCAGGUUGCCGCCUUGAAGUACAUACCAUCAGUUCUUCAUGAUGUUGAAAUGGUGUUUGAUGCCAAGUUACUGAGCCAACUGCUAUAUGAGUUUUACACUGGCAUUCCACCGGUGAAACUCCAGAAGCAGAAGGUACAGUCCAUGAAGGAAAUAGUACGCAGCAACCUUUUUAAAAAACAAGAAUGCAGGGACAUUCUGCUUCCUGUCAUUACCAAAGAACUGAAGGAAUUACUGGAACAGAAAGAUGAUCAGCAGGUCCAAGAGAAGAAGUACUGUGUUGAAUUACUCAAUAGCAUCCUGGAGGUUCUGAGCUGUCAAGACCCUGCAUCAACUUAUCACCAUAUUCAAGAAAUAAUGGUACAGUUAUUACGCACAGUGAACAAAACUGUUAUUACAAUGAGACGAGAUGAUUCCUUAAUUAGUCAUUUUGUUGCAUGCAUGACAGCCAUCUUAAACCAGAUGAAUGAUCAGCAUUACUCAGUUUACAUUGAAACUUUUCAGACAAAUACAGAACUAGUGGACUUCUUGAUGGAAACAUUCAUAAUGUUCAAAGAUCUCAUUGGAAAGAAUGUUUACCCUUCAGACUGGAUGGCUAUGAGCAUGGUGCAGAACAGAGUAUUCUUGAGAGCCAUCAACAAAUUUGCAGAGACAAUGAACCAAAAAUUUCUGGAGAACAUGAAUUUUGAAGUACAACUGUGGAACAACUAUUUUCAUUUGGCUGUGGCUUUUAUUACCCAAGAUUCACUACAACUAGAAAAUUUUUCCCAUGCAAAGUACAACAAGAUCCAGAACAAAUAUGGAGACAUGAGACGUUUAAUUGGCUUUGCUAUCCGUGACAUGUGGUACAAACUUGGCCAGAAUAAAAUUUGCUUUAUACCGGGGAUGGUUGGACCCAUCCUGGAAAUGACUCUCAUCCCAGAGGUUGAACUACGAAAAGCUACAAUUCCAAUAUUUUUUGACAUGAUACUGUGUGAAUACCAAAGGACAGGAGAAUUCAAAAAGACCAAAUCACUUGAUUGGCUUAUAUUCUGGAAUGACUUUGAUCUUUGCCAUUAACUGGUCCCGUUCAGCUGAAUCUCAGGAGAAAAAAGAAGGAGGGUUAUCUAAUAUUCUGGGGAAAAAAUGGGGCCUUUUUUGAAAUUUGACUUAAAAAAAUUUCAAAUUUGUUGAAAAAUACUGAGCAAUUUUUCUUGGUUAAUUGUGACCAACUUGAAGAUGUAGAGCUUCCAGAUCUGUGCAAAAGGCAAUCUGGAUCCCAGUCUGCCAAAGCUCUCGCUUACAGAGAAACACUUCAGGGAGAAAGCAGAAUUAUUUAUAUACUGAAAAUUGUAUUCUUAAAUAAUUUGCUGUAUUGGUGCAGUAGUGAAUUCUCUGUCAUUUUUUUUACAAAUUUUAAAAAAUCAUUUCAUCAAUAUAAAAACCCAGACAUUUAUUUCCAUUCACUUUUUAUUUUGUAAUGUGUUUUUUCUUACUGUGCCUUGUGAUAGGUUAAUGGCCUGUAUAGAUCCUUGUGAUAAAUCUUUCCCAAUUUUUUCCUGAAAAUAUUAUGUGAAGGUGCACCAAAGAUUUCUUAGAUCUGAAACUAAUUUUUGGUAGGACACAAAGAUUUCCUUAGAACCUGGGCAGGACUUUUUUUAGAUGGGUUUCCUGUUCCAACCAUGUUCGCUGCUUUUCACAAAUGUCUUCUAAUCUGAACUCUUCUGCCUCCUCACUUCACUCUUGUCUGUCCUGUGCUGUAUGUUUGGAAGAAAUUUCUCAUCUGACCACAUGCACCCACUGUCAGCACAAACAGUCUGUCAUGUUUUAUAUCCCUAGUUGACUCACAGGGCAGUAGAACAGACAAUGUAAAUGAGCAGUAUUCUUUUCUGUUAACUCACCAACCCUGUAUGGACAACAUGAAACAGAAGACAUUAAAAACAACAAAAUGAAUUUUUGCCAGACCUGAUAAUUUAUUCAUAUGAUUUUAAAAAAACUUAGGAAAAAUCUGGUAUGAGGGGACUGAAAGAAGUGAGUCUAUAAACAGGACGUUUACACCCAUAUUAGAAAAGUUUUUUUACGAGCAUUGUAAGCUUGUCAUUCUCUAACAGAUUCUCUAUAAAUUUAUAUUAGGUUGUUUUCUCACAGGAUACCUGAAUGUAAUGCAGUUAGUUGGGUGAGAACAAAGAAUGAUUAUAGAAGAGCUAAUAUUCAUGUCUCACACCUCCUUUCAGAGGGCGUACACAAAUGGAAUAGAAGCUUAGUGAGAGGGUAUGUGGAGACUUUCAGCUAAAAGCUCAGACUAUUAAUCAUGGCAAUGAAUCUUGGAAUGCUUUUACAAGUUCUAAGGUUUUAAUAUAACAAGCCAAAACAAUGUCAAAGAAUGAAGAAUCAAAGGAAAGUCAUCAAAGAGUCUUAGCAGGAAGGAACACACAAAACGAGGUCAAACCAACUUUGGUAAUCAGAGAAUAUAAAGAGUAUUCCCUUUGUUGUUAAAGCUAGUUAGAAACUGCUUAAUAGAAGAAGGGUUCUCCCUUGAAGGGGAUUUCCUUUGGCUGCAAGCUUAUGUUUGUGCAAACUUGUCAGCCUACAGGUGCAAAAAAGUACCUGUUUCCUCCCAGUAUUGAGGCCUGGGAAAAAUUAUACGAAUAUACUGGCUGUCUUUCAGUGAUUUUUUUUUUUUUUAAUAAAUAACUGAAAGCCCUGUAACAUUUUAAUAUUUUAUGUUUUUUCUAAGCUUACUGAAUUAUCUUCUGCCAUGUAGCGUUAUAUAUUAAAUUAAUUGUAAUUAGUCUUCUGUUUUCCAGAUUCAAAUAUCAGUAAAGUUAUUUUAAGCUCCUCAGCACUUUGGAGCACUUUAUCUUUUUGUGAAUUGUUUUUGAUUGUGUCUGAAGGACACCAGUGGGCCACUACACUCUGCAGUUCUGUACAGGACACCACAGUCUGCACCGAACUGUAUUAACAGUGCAGCAUUUUUCUUGAAACUCUCUCCCAGCGUGUUUCCACACAUAAGUUACUUCAAAAAAAAUAUAAUAAAUCCACCAGUAUUUUUCAUUUUCACAAACGUACACACAGAGAGAAGAAAGUCUUAUCUUUUGCAUCUCUGUUGCAAGUGUGAUACAUAAAUAUAAACUUCCGAGGGUAUUUUUUGAACAUGUAAAUCUUAAUAUUUUAAUAUGCUUGGAGAAGGGGAAAAAAACGCAGUUAAGUCUUAGGCAUGUAUCAUGUGCAUUGAAUGUAAUAUUAUGGAAUAUAUGGCAAAGGCCUGAAAAAAUAAUUCCAAAUUCUGAUAUGAAGAUGAGUUAGACUGGAUUAACCCUUUCAAAAUCAUAAGGCAGUUUCCUGUAUAUAAUCUAUUGCAACAGUUUUGAAAUGACAAUUCACAAUUAUAUAGUCGUAUUGAAACACUACAAUGGCAUUUUAAAGAGGCUUUGUGUAAUUAAAGUAUGACCCAGCAAAGUGCCAGAUUAAAACAUAAUCUGACAUGUACUUACCUUUCUUUAAGAGAUAACAGUAUACUGCUGACUUACAAAUUCUCUGGAGUUUUGUUGGAGUUAAUGGUACUUUCGAGUUGGCAAGCCAUAGCGCUGACAAUUUGUGUACAGAUUUGUAGCAAUGCGUUUGCAAGUUAUCGCUAGUUUUCCAGAUAUCAUUUUAUUUACCCAUGUGAAAACCUGUGAAAGUAUGUUUUUCAUCUUUUUUUUUUUUUUAAUGUCAUGAGAGAUAAUGAUCCCUUGCUUAAUUAUGUAAAGCUACCUGAUGAAUACUUGUGAGAUUUUAGAGGGUGUAAGAGGAAAGAAGAGUAAAUAAUGUAGGUAACAGCUUCAGAUAUCCAGCUUCAAUGAAUUUAUUUUUGGAAUGCCUGAGCCUAGUAGUUAGCUUGAAGGUAGAAUGCUGACUGUGCAGACUUGGAUGGAGUGCUUUUUGAAAGCUGUUUGAGAUAGAAGGAAACUUAGAACACUUGAAGUUUUGAGGGUGGGCUGAUGAGUGACAGAUAACAAGGCGUAACCAGCAGAGAAAUAUUAACAGGUUUUUUUCUCUUUUUUACACGUGUAGAUUUUUUCAAGUUAGAGAGCUGGGAAAGGUACUUUUGACUUUACAGGCGAAGAAAUAAGGCUGCUGGCAGCUCCAGAUGAAAGUGCCAUAACUGUAAAUUGAAACUGAAGAAAUGGUUCACUAGAGGGGAAGGAAUUGGGCUUAGCUACAGAAAUCCCCGGUUUGCUAUCUUUGAUUGUUUAUAUGUCACUGUUUCCUAACUAGGGUAUAGCUAGACCUAACAAACAGCAAUUAGAUAAGGCACUGCAUGUUCAUUCAUAUUUUGUGUGGGCGAAGGUAAUUUGAUUUCAUUCUGAUAUCCCACAUUUCACAUCUGAGCUGUUCUAUGAAAACUCAGUACAGAAACUGUAAGCCUGUUUCUUCAGAUUAUUUCAUCAGUUCAUUAAGGUAUCUGGAGAUAGUCUUCUUUAUAUUAUUCAACUGGAAUAUAUUCAAACAUUUAACUUCUGGGUGUUUGUGAUAUAGCUAUGUAAAUAUAUCUUUCUGAUGCCAGCUUGAAAUGUG